GCGUUCUGAUUGGCUGCACGGACAUCGGCCCACCGCGCUCCACACGUCGCCCGAGGCGCGAGUCUAUGUAUUGAGCGCGCGCGGACCCGCGCCGGGGCGCGGGUAGGGGACGUCGCGGCCGUCUUCAUGACGGAGGGCACGUGUCUGCGUCGUAGAGGGGGCCCCUAUCGCACCGAGCCCGCCACCGACCUCAGCCGCUGGCGCCUCCGAAAUGAGAGGGGAAGGCAGACGUGGACGUAUUUCCAGGAGGGGGAGGAUCCUGGCCGCGGGCAGACCCGGCUGGAGGCGCACUCCCUGGGACUGGACCCGACCGGUUACUUUAAGGACUUGCCCAAAGCCUGCACAGCCCACGAAGGGGCUCUGAAUGGGAUGACAUUUUAUGUGGGGCUGCAGGCUGAGGAUGGGCACUGGGCAGGUGAUUAUGGCGGCCCACUCUUCCUCCUGCCAGGUCUCUUGAUCACAUGCUAUGUGGCGCAAAUCCAUCUGCCAGCCGGAUAUAAAGAAGAGAUAGUGCGGUACCUGCGGUCAGUGCAGCUCCCUGAUGGCGGCUGGGGCCUGCACAUGGAGGACAAGUCCACAGUGUUUGGGACUGCACUCAACUAUGUAUCUCUGAGAAUUCUGGGUGUUGGCCCUGACGAUCCUGACUUGGUACGAGCCCGGAACAUUCUUCACAAGAAAGGUGGUGCUGUGGCCAUCCCCUCCUGGGGGAAGUUCUGGUUGGCUGUCCUGAAUGUUUAUAGCUGGGAAGGCCUCAACACUCUGUUCCCGGAGAUGUGGCUGUUUCCUGACUGGAUGCCUGCACAUCCCUCCACACUCUGGUGCCACUGCCGACAGGUCUAUCUGCCCAUGAGCUACUGCUAUGCCAUCCGGCUGAGCGCUAAGGAGGACCCACUGGUCCAGAGCCUCCGUCAGGAGCUCUACGUGGAGGACUACGCUAGCAUCGACUGGCCGGCGCAGAGGAACAACGUGUGCCCUGAUGAUCUGUACACGCCGCACAGCUGGCUGCUCCGUGUGGUAUACGUGUUACUCAACCUGUACGAGGGCCACCACAGCACCAGCUUGCGGGAGCGGGCCAUCCAGAAGCUGUACGAGCACAUCGUGGCCGAUGACUGCUUCUCCAAGUACAUUAGCAUUGGCCCGAUCUCAAAAACCAUCAACAUGCUUGUGCGCUGGUACGUGGACGGGCCAGACUCCUCUGCCUUCCAGGAGCACAUCUCCAGGAUUCCUGAUUACCUCUGGCUGGGUCUCGAUGGCAUGAAAAUGCAGGGCACCAACGGCUCACAGGUGUGGGACACCUCAUUUGCCAUCCAGGCUCUGCUAGAGGCGGGGGCACAGCACAGGCCCGAGUUUUUGUCUUCCCUGCAGGAGGCACAUGAGUUUAUCCGGAUCUCACAGGUGCUAGACAGCCCCCCUGACUACCAGAAGUACUACCGCCAGAUGAGCAAGGGUGGCUUCCCCUUCAGCACGCUGGAUUGUGGCUGGAUUGUUACUGACUGCACAGCUGAGGCCUUGAAGUCCAUCCUUCUCCUGCAAGAACAGUGUCCCUUUGUCACCAAGCAUGUCACACGAGAGCAGAUCUAUGAUGCUGUUGCUGUGUUGCUGGACAUGAGAAAUCCUGAUGGAGGGUUUGCCACCUAUGAGACUAAGCGUGGGGGCUACUUGCUGGAGCUGUUGAACCCCUCGGAGGUCUUUGGGGACAUCAUGAUUGACUACACAUAUGUGGAGUGCACCUCAGCUGUGAUGCAGGCACUGAAACUUUUCCAUGAGCGUUUCCCGGACCACAGGGCCAGGGAGAUCCGGGAGACGCUUGAGCAGGGCCUGGAGUUCUGUCGGCAGAAGCAGCGGGCUGACGGCUCCUGGGAAGGCUCCUGGGGAGUUUGCUUCACCUACGGCACCUGGUUUGGGCUGGAGGCUUUCGCCUGCAUGGGGCAGACUUACAGCAGCGGGGCUGUGUGUGCGGCGGUCUCCCAGGCCUGUGACUUCCUGCUAUCCCAGCAGAUGGUGGAUGGGGGCUGGGGGGAAGACUUUGAGUCCUGCGAGCAGCGGCGUUACAUACAGAGUGCCACGUCCCAGAUCCACAACACAUCCUGGGCCUUGAUGGGGCUCAUGGCCGUCAGGCAUCCCUGCGUAGAGGCCCUGGAGAAGGGAGUCCGGUGUCUGCUUAGAAAACAGCUCCCCAAUGGCGACUGGCCCCAGGAGAACAUCCCUGGCGUCUUCAACAAGUCAUGUGUCAUCAACUACAGCAGCUACAGGAACAUCUUCCCCAUCUGGGCCCUUGGCCGCUUCUCCCACCUGUACCCUGAGAGUGCCCUUGCUGGCCGCCCUUGAGGGUGCCUGGCAGGCAGGUGGGUGGUGGGCACUGUCGUCCGGGAGGGCGGGGCAGGAAGGGGGCAUCAUCUCCGGUGAGCUGCAGGAUCCCCUGCCCAGGGGUCCAGUGCCCCUCACAAACCCCUUCCCCAGGGUGGGACCAGGCCUGGGGCAGGGGUGGGGCCGGUGGCUUUAGGUACUUGAUUUUCAGGGUAGGUUUAGUUCUUAGAAGAGCUCGUGGAGCUCAGGUGAGGAAAGGAACAAGAUGAGCCAUGAUCCUGGCACAGUGUGUUCUGCAGCACCUAGCCAGGGUGUGCGGCCUUGCUUUGGGGCUGGGAGGGCUUUCUCCACCAGUACUUCAGUUCUUGGGAGAGGGGAGUGCGGCCUCCCCUCUUCCUGCCCGGUGCUGCCCAGGAGCCAGCCCGACUGGGCUUGCCCCUAGGCUGGCUCUUCCUAUUUCUUCUGUCUGUGGGGCUGAGGGACGUGAUCUGUUCACCGUGGCGGCCCCGGGCACGGCAAGGGACAGGGACCGGACUCGCCGAGUGUCUGUGGCUGUGUGGAGGGGAGUCAGAUGUGGCUGCUGGCCGUGCCCUACACCCUAGGUUCACCCACACUGCAUCGUGGUCACCAGUUGUGAGCGCCAGUAUCGCUCUCUCCCGAGUUUGUAGCCUGCAGUGUCUCGUGCUGACAGGCGCAGGCAGGAGACUAAGUGUGACGAGGGACAAGUGCUCGUGAUGGUUCAGUGGUUACCACCAUGGGGCACCACGUGUGCCAGGCACAGCGGAGCAGUCAGCGCUGCUGGCUGGACGGGCCUGAUGCUGUAGGGUGCCCUCUUGGCCGCCGCCAAUGCUCGUGUCCUGGUUUGUGCUCUGAGGGGAAGUGAGGGCUGGAAUUCCAGGGUGGUGCCUCUUAGGAGCUAAACCUUUCAAUUCCCUUCUGGCUCUAUGUCUGGUUUGGUGUGCAUGGAUUUGGGGGCCAGGAUGGAAAAACCUGGGCUCUGGAUUUGCCUUUGACCUAUGAGGACAAGUGGGUCAUGUGCUCAGGGCUUCUCUAGGAGUGUGGCUGUGAGGAGUCACCAAGAGCUUUGAAGAGAAUAAAAUCCAGGCCUGGUGUUGCCCCUAGGGCCCUGCUCUGGUUGGCCACCCUAGUGCCUCUCUGCCUGUUCUUCUGUGCCACCUCCUGGAUUGGUAGCCGCCCCUGACUGUGCUCCCUUGGCAGACCGUCCUCCCUCGGACAGCCAGAUGUCUGAGUGUUCCUCUGCUCCUGCCGUUCUCUGCCCAGAUCCCUCCAGGGCCAUUGCUGAGACUUUACACCAUAUGGCCUUGACCCUGCAGCUCUCUUGGCCUUGAGUGCCAUCCCUGACUCUGCUUGGGGCUUGCCUGCUUUGGGCUUGAGCUGUUCCUUCACUAACUUCUCUUGCCCCAGGGUGGUGCUUCUGCUAUGAGCCCUGCAGGGCUGGGUUUUGUGUACACGUAGAUGGCCCCAUCGGCUCUACUGGCUGCCACACUGUGUGGCAUGUAGUGGGUGUUCAGUGGAUACCUGUUGACAUCAACACUUCUCCCCAGACAUUUUUAAACUCGGGUUUAUUUUGGCUGGAGGAACUGUUGGGAUCCAUUUGAAAUCAUCAGGUUUGCUCUUGCACUUCUUUUCGUGGCCCCUGUUCUCCCCAGCUGGGGUAAUAGCAACAUAGGUGGUGAUUGACCACAGUCUGCUCCUUGAAGUGGCUGCUGUCCCUGGUAGGCUCCCAGCCAUGGCCAGAUCAUAGGGUUAAUGAAAAUCUGCUUUUAUACUGCAAAUGUUGUCACUUCUGUGGGCAGCUACCUUAAUAAAUUGACAUGUGAUUCCCUUAGAAGCAUGUCACACUUGUGUUUUGUCUCGUCUUGGAAAGAGUCACAGAUCUGGGGUUUUCAGAGACUCACUUGGAUACCAUGUUGGACACUGGGCCACCACCUCAUCAGUUUCAGGGGAUAAGAGUAACUGCUUAAAGAUGAGCAGGUGCAUGUUGUUUUGAAUGGAAAUUAUGCGCUUCAGCCUAAUUAAAAAUCAAGUUCUCAACAAAACAGAACAGAAAUAGACAGAAUGGACUCAUGAAUAUAGAACAAACUGGUGCUUGCCAGAGGGGAGAGGAUGGGGGAUGAGUGAAAUAGGAGAAGGGGCAUAAGAACACAAACUUCCAGUUAUAAAAUAUGUAAGUCAAAUGAUAGAAAGUACAGCAUGAAACAUAUAGCUGAUGAUACAGCAGUCCCGUUGGGUGGUGACUGCACUUACUUUGGGGGUACUGAGCAUGUACACAGUUGAAUCAGUGUGGUGCACCUGAAACUAACACAACCUUGCGUGUCAGUUGUACUUGAGAUUAAAAAAGAAUCAGGCUCUCUUUCCUGGGCAAAUCAUCAAAGAUGCUUGAAUUCAAAUUAUUUUUGGUUAUUGGGAGCAGAUUCUGAGUAUUUACUGGGAAGUUUUUGCUGGAGCCAUAUUAGGUUUUCUGCAUUCACCAGAUGUAAACUUUAAACCUUUCCUUUGAGGAAUUCUCUAACUAUAAAUCCUUAACUCACAGUGGAAAUUCGACUCUAAGAAAAUACUUUUCCUUACUGAACCCAAUCAAUAUGCUACAUAUAUUUAAAUUUUAUUUAGGCAAUAAAAUGUUAUAAAAAGUAAUGCUAUUUACUGUUGCUUCUUUAUCCUUUUCUUAUCUCAGCAGUUAUGCUAAUUAUAGGUUAAUUGGUCAGCUUGAUUUAUCUUUGUCUCCAUCUGCAAUAUAAAUUUUUAUUCACGAUUCACUUUGUUUAAAAAGGAAUUGAGGGUAGAAACAGUCAGAGGAAAGUCGAUAGGACAUGAGGCAUGGGUCGGGGUCAGAUUGGUUUGUUCUUAUGACCUCAGUUUUGGUGCUUAGCUUUCUAGGAGGUGGCUGGAGCUUACACACAACAGCCCCAGUAGUUGGGGAGAUGCUGGUCUCACCGGUUGUGGAUGGGUCACAGCUAGGGCGUCUGCUCGUGGUGGGAUCCCACCAUAGUCACCCACAUAGGUGGCAAUGGAAGGAGGCUGAGGAUGCUGCUCUGGAGAGCACCGGGCCACUCUGUGGUAUGAACUUCAUGCCUGGCAUUUUCACCUGGGGUUUUGGGUGCUGUCUCAAAGACUCCCUUUCAUCACUCAGGAGGAUAUAAGGGUGAUAUGGAUAACUUAAGGUUACCUGUUUUCUUCAGUGAAAACGAUUCACCCAUCAGUUUCUCCAUGAUGACUACUGGUGGGUGAUUUCCAACCUUCCUCUGGGGACAGUGAUGGCCCAGGGAGUGUCUGAAACCCAUGCUUGAGACAAGUGGAGAACAGCUAGUUUGCAUGGCUUCAGGUGGCCUCAGAUACCUUCCCCACAACCAGGCCUUUUGUGGGAGUGAGACGCAGUGGGCUGGAGACCCUGUGUCUUUGAUGCCCUCUCUGGUUCUUGGGAGGGGGUAGAGAAGUGGGGACUAUUCUUGGACCAUCCAGGAACAGGUGAGCACUGAAACAGCCCAUGGUGGCCAGAAUACUUAAAAAAAAAAAGUGCCAGUGACCUGUUGGAUGAUCUUGUGUGGUCCAACAUGCAUAUGAUUGGAGUCUCACAGAAUGGGGUGGGAGGGAGGCAGAAAAACGUCUGAGUAAUCAUGGCUGAAAUUUUUCCAGAUAUGGAAUAUAUAAACCCAUAGAUCUGUGAUGCUCAGCAGACACAGAACAAUCACACAGACGAAACAUGCCAAAACCAAAACCUCCUCCAGAGCACAUCAUGAGUUGAUGAAAACCAGUGAUGAAUAAAGGCUUAAAAGCAAUCAAAAACAGACAUGUUAUAUACAGGUGAACAAAGGGAAGGACAGCUGACUUCUCAUCAGGUAAAAUGCAAACCAGAAGGCAGUGCUGCAUGACGUCUUUAUAAAGUAUUAAAAGGGAAAAACUGGUCAGCUUAAAAUUCUCUAUUCACAGAAAAUGAAAGUGAAGGCAAAGUAGACCCUUGCCAGACAAACCAAAACUGAAGGAAUUCUCCAGCAGCCUUGCCCUACAAGAAACGUUGUUUGGGCCCAAGGAUAGUGAUAACCAGGUGGAAACUGAUCUGCACCAAAGAAUGAGGCCCAGAAAUGUUACGUGUAGAAGGCUUUUUCCCCUUUGUUAAAAACAAGCAUACAAACAAAAACCUCUUUAAAAUAGAAUUAACUUUUGAAGGCAAAAACAAGAAUGUGAACACGGACAAGAGAUGUGCUGGAGGACAACGGCAGAUGCUCAGAUGCUGCCGAGAGGGCUCCCCUUGUGUGUCAAGUGCUGCGUCCCCAAGUGACAGUAUUUCCCGGGACACAGGUUGUUGUAAGUAAAAGGAACCUAUUGUGAACCCAGAGUAAACCACUAAAAAAAAGGAAGGGGGUAUAGCUAGAAAACUGAUAAAGGGGACAAAAUAAUCCCGAAGGAGACAGGAAGAAAGAACAGACAGGACGAUAGAAAAUGUGAUAAACCUAACUCUUGUGGACUGGAUUGUGUCUCCCAACAUUCAUUUGGAAGAAAAGGACCUAAAUUUGGGUAUGGGGCCUUUCAGAAGAUAAUAAGGUUAAAUGAAGUCACAGGGUGGCUCUGAUCUGAUAGGACUGGUGUCCUAAGAAGAGAUGAGGGGACACACAGGAACGACCACGUGAGGACAGAACUCUGCCCACACCUGAUUCUCAGGUUUUGUGCUUUCAGAACUGUAAGAAAAUAAAUUUCUGUUGUUAAAGCCA